AUGACAGAUACAACUGUUAAACAUAUAGCUACUGUUUUCCCAAUCAAUGCUGAAGCAUUAAAAUUAGAUAGAAAAUUUCGUCGACGUCGUUCUAUUAUUCGUGAGUUUAGUCUUAAUACUUCAACUCAAGGUAUUCCAGGUAUUGCACGUAGUGAAAGUAUACAAAAUCGGAUUUUCUGGACAAUUUCAACAAUUGCUUUUACUGGUAUCAUGUUAUAUUUUAUUGUUGAAUCGAUAGAAAAAUAUUUUACUUAUCCAACACAAACAUCAGUAUCCAUUAUUGUUCUACGUUCUCAAGCAUUUCCAGCAGUUAGUAUUUGCAAUUAUUCACCGGUUCGUUUUGAUACUUUUAUUGAACCUUUUUUAAAUUUUACUAAUUUCUGGAAUAUUACUAAUACUAAUGAUACAAGGACUAUUACUGCCGAACAAAACAAUUAUAUUCGUGAUUUUUUUCAAUAUUUAUUGAAUAAUCAUCAACCCAUAGACAAUUAUUUUUUUCCUCUGAGUUCAAUGUUAAUUUCUUGUUCAUACAACAACCAAGUUUGUCAAACUACUGAUUUUAUUCAAUUUUUAUCAUCUUCUUUUGGUCUUUGCUAUACAUUCAAUGCUAAAAUGGCGUCAAACCGAAGUAGUAUUAGGAAUAACACUGAUAAUAUAGGUACAGGUAAACUUGAAUUACAACUCUAUACACACAGUCAUCAAUAUGUUCCAUAUGUUGCAAAAGAAGUAUCAGUUGGUAUGGUGGCCAUGAUUCAUGAUAAUACAGAAUUACCACUCAUUGACGUAGCUGGUAUUCUGCUAAAAACAGGACUAAAACAUAAGUUAAGUUAUAAAAAGAAAACACAUCAAUUAUUGCCAUCUCCAUACUCUGAUUGUACAAAUAAAGUUCCUCUUGCUAUGAAAGCAAUGUUUGACCGAUAUGAAGGUGCCGAUUAUGCUUAUUCACAAAUUUUAUGCUAUAUAUUAUGUGUACAAACAUAUGUAUAUCACGAAUGUGGAUGUGUAAGUCCACAUCAGUGGACUGCUCAAUCAAUUGUUUUACCCAGUACAAAUAAAAUUAUUGUAGCACCUCUUUGUAACAAAACUGAUCGAUGUUAUGAUAAUGCAACAAUUCGUAUCAGAAGUACGAAUUCAAUCUGGGAUCAGUUUUGUACAGAUUGUUCACAAGCAUGUUCAGCUGUAGAUUUUACUGUUACACCAUCGGUAGUAUCAGCUCCAUCGGAUGUGCGUUUAUCAGAUAUAAAAAAAUUCGUUGAAACAUCUAAUAUUCCAUUACCUAAAAAUUGGUCAACAACAUGGCAAUCAGAAAUUGAAAACAAUUUUGUUUCUGUUGAUGUUGUAUGUCAAACACCUCGUAUAGAAACUUAUACACAAGAUGCAUCAAUUAGUGGUAUUGAUGUUCUUUCAAAUGUCGGUGGUCAUACAGGUUUAUGGAUUGGUGUAAGUUUUUUAUCAAUAAUGGAAUUCGUUGAAAUGAUUUAUCGUCUUAUUCGAUAUCAUUAUUAUGUUCUAAAAGAAAGAAUACAAGGACAAAAUCAACAACAGUCAUAA